GUCAAAUUAUCUGUGGAGAAUGCCUUUUCGAUUGUUUUUUGUGGGAACUUUUCGGAGAAAUGAAGUUAUAAAUGAGGUGACACGUUUCUAUGGGCAGUGUGUUAAAUAUAACUGGAGAGUCGAGACUCACUUGUCGAACCAGCUACCAAAGACUACAAAAUAAACGACUAAUGGCCCAUGUGAUCAAAUGUAACUCAGCUCAUGUGAGCAGAAAUGCUCAUCUUGGCACUCAGCGUCUUGGAUCUCAAUCCCUAACUCAUACAGGAUCUCAAGAGUUUCAGUUUGAUGACAGAGGGAUGCUUCUUCCGCACUGCAUCCUGGGAAGUUUGGAUGACUUUAGGAAGUAUCUGGUCACAAGAGGAGAGAUAGAGCUGGCGAAGCAAAUACCAACUUCCCAUAGAGACCCUCCAUCCCAGGUGCUUGGGAAGCAACCUUCUGAGAUGGCCCAGAACAAGCGAAACAUUCCUUUUGGUCAAAGAGACUUGAAGGCAAAUGCUCUGCAGAAUUGGGAUGCAUAUAUAAGACUCAAAAGACGACAGCAGAACGUCUUAUCUGGCCGGCUCCAAAGGCCUGUGGAGAACUUACUGAUGAACCGAGAUUACGGUUUCAAAGAAAUCCAGAAGCAGAGAGAACUUCUAAGACAUGUCAUGCCAACCAUCCAGUCAGGAUAUGGGUACCAUGUGGGAAGUGAGUUUUGGAGUCUCCCACAGAGCUAUGGAAAUGAACUAAGCGGCAUCAGAGCCACACUUAACCUAACAGAGCAAGGCAAACCAAAACUUGUCACACUUAUCGGACAACCACAGAGCAUACUCCAGGAAUCAGGAAUCACUUGUGCUGAGAAGCUUCGUCCAGUCUCUCGGAUCUGGGACCCAAAUACGAACCUGCUUCGCCAUCGUAACUCGAUUAAAAAGGUUGUAGGAGGCAUGGACAUCAACAGGACGGACCUCAGCAAGCUGGAGGUGAUUGGUUCGAGCAAACCAGUUGCCAAAGAGCGCCACAGCCGCUUGAUGAAGGAGGAGGCGGGCGAGAACAUGGAGAGCUGCAAGAGUAACCAUGAAAAUGUUGAUCUGAUGACACAUUACGAUGAUCGUCAGUCUCACAGUUUGCUCAUUCCUGCCUUGAUAUUUGCUGGUCAGCUUGCCUGCUGGGCUGGAAACUCUCCUAGUCGGCAGGGAGAGGUAAGCAUCAGCGCGACCGUAAUGUUUGAGGCGGCUGUCGGCGAGCGAGUCUUGUCUUACCUUCAGAUACACAACGUGGGCAGCACUGCCAUCCUCUUCAGCUGGCAGAAUCUUCCCCUUCAACCGAAUUUCUCGAACCUACAGUCACAUUCUGACAACCCGCACUUCUACUUCAACACCACCUCUGGUGUCAUCUAUCCAGGUGGCACCAAGCAGGUGGAGUUUAUAUUUAAGUCCGAGAGAAUCGGCAUUGUAACUGAACAGUGGCAGCUCAGCACCCACCCUUUACUGCUGCAAGGAGCCUCCAUUCAGGUCACACUUAAGGGGGUGUCGCUCUACCAGGAUGCAACUGAUAAACAGAGGCAAUUCCUACAGACAAAGUUGGAACAGAGAGUUAAACAGGAAAUGUGCCAGAUGAUAAUGUACGAUGUGCUGCGGGGAAUCCGGAGUCCAGAGAGAUCCAUCUCUCCUGCAGAGCCAUACAAGUUGCAGUACCUUGAUCAGACAGAGGAGGACCUAAAGAAGCUUUUGCAAGAAAUGAAUCCAGAUCGUGUUUGGAAGCUCUCUGGAACACCUGGACAGGAUGAUCCUCUGAUGGAUGACCAAAAGGACAGCAUGCGUGUUUCCAGGGAUAAGUUCAAUGAUGGAGAUGAGCAAGACACUAACUGUGAUGUCACGAUAGAAACAGACGACUGAACAUACUGUAUAUUUAAUGGCCAUAAGGUACAUUACAUCUUUCUUUUCUAAGAAAAGAACCUAAUUCAAUUUAGAAUGUUAAUAAACAAUGAUCACGUGAUUGACAACUCAAGGGAUAUUUAUUUACCAAUAUAUUAAUUGUUGUUGCAAUUUGCACUGGUUUACAACUUGCUCAGUGAAAACUGCGAUAUUUUCUUGGUGAUAGCACAAUUUUAUUGGAUUGUAUAACUCGGUGGCUCUCAAAAGUUUUUUCACGAAGUACCACCUCAGAAAAACUUGGCUCUUCAACAGGGUAUCCGCGGGGUCUAAAAAAGUCUUAAAUCCAAUAAUUUGAAUUUAAGCCCUUAAAAUGUUUAAAAUUCUUCUAAAAUCUCAUAAAAGGUCUUAAAUACGAUUUUGAAAGGUCUUAAAAAUCUAUUUUGAUGUUUCUUUUAUUUGAAACAUGCAUAAACUUCAGUCUCGCUUUGAAAUGUUUCGAUUUUUGAGGACGCUAUAACGUAACUACGCAGCGAAACUAACUGUGCUGCCCGGUCAUAAGUUAUAGUUUGGCAAUUGUUUUAUUCUGACUUCCAAACAAAUCUUGGUUCACAACAGAGAGGUUUCUGGUGUUUGUAGUUAGGUUAAGCGUUUUGUAUUCCAAUGGGAAAGAGCUGUGAAUAAACUCAAAAUAUUUUGCAAGUAAUUCCGGGCCUAAAAUUUUCCUUCAAGUCUUUUGUACUUUUUUUGCCUGUAUUGAUGUGAAAUGGGUCUUAAAUUGUAUUCAUUAUGGUCUUAAAAAAGUCUUAAAUUUGGCUUGUUCAAUCCUGCAGAGACCCUGUUCAAGUACCACCAUAAUGACUAACAUUAAAAUACAGUAGCAGGCUACUGUAUUUUUGGACCUAAGUAUUCUUUAAAAACAAGGCAUAGGUUUUAUUUUAAUAAUAUAUUUAAUAUUUUGGCCAAUGUAAAAUUAUACACAGUUUGAACUGUAACACUGUUUAAAUAUAAGAAAAUAAAAAACUGUACUUUAAUCAAGUGCUCUUUUGGCAUACCACAAGAAAGAGCCUGCAUACCAAAUCACUUUACCCCUACCACAGUUUGAGAAUUGCUGGUAUAACUUGUAGCCGUCACACCAAUAUCCUCCUAAGGACCAGCAUCCUUUUGUUUUACAAAGUUUUGAAAAAAUAGUCGUGCACUGCAGAGACUGCUGGCGCUCAUGACGAUAUUCUUCUGCAGUCAUUUUAAAUAUUUAAAUAUCAACGCCAGUUCAAGCACUAAGGGGUUCCAAUGUAUCAGACAUUUUCCACAAAAGGAUAAGGGAACAGCUGAUAAUGUAGCAAAAGAUCAUAAUAUUUGUAUUCAUGAGUAUGCGCUGAAAUCACUUAUCACUAUACUUCCCAUAGCCUUUAGAAGCCAGUUUUACUUUGUAUUUAUACAUUGCUAUGAUACUUGUGGGUAGUCAGGAGAAUGGUACAGGUGGAUACCCAAGUUAAUUAUGUAUCUUCUGCCAUCUAGUGGAAUAGCAUUUAUUUGUUCUGCCUUCCAUUGUAUGUCACUGGCAUAGAUCGGUGAACAAAGAUGGAUUAUUUCUGGUAAAUAAUUAUUUUCACUGUUUUAAUGCAUAUUGGCAUUGAGAAAAGUUACAUGCCUCCACUUGGAUGGGCUGACUUACAGUACCAUUAGACAAACACUCUGGCAUCUCAUAACGUCUCAUAAAAACGAUUAGCCCUUGAGUCUAACUGUUAGCUCAAAAGUGUUACAAGUAUGUCAUCUAUUUUUUUUUUGUAUACUUUGAACACUAUAAAGUAUUUUACAGCUUCAGACCUAUCCAUAUAUAC